AAAUAAAACUGCUGUGUACUUAUUUUAAGCUCAACCUCGAAGAGAGUCUGAGGUGAAUGAUUCACCUUGAUUGCAUUAUGUUCCCGAAGAGAAAACCGGGUAAAACAUGGUGAAAUUAGUAGAUUUCAAGAACCUUUUAAAGGUUCUAACAGUGCUCACAAUUACAGAUACAUCAUCCUGAAAUGGUUUGCUGUGAAGCCGAGAUAUAAGCAAUUGGAACACGAUCCUGUCGCGAAACAGUCGAUUUCAAUAGCGAUCGUGCAGCGAAACAAGCAAAUUUAGUCACCAUCUUGUCGCGAACUCAAUCGCGAUCCUGUAGCGAAUUGUUUCCGGACACAACCGCGAAUUUUGCUCCGAACACGACAAAUUCACGAAUAUGUGCGUCAGCGAUAGCGAUCGCGAUUCAAAUUGGGUAUUGCGCGGCAAGAUUGUGGCAAGAUUACUAUGGCUUCGUAACGCGCAAUGAAGCGCGGAUUCUACUAGGGUUGGUAUAAAAUCAUUAGACGAUCCAACAAUAGCUAUAACCAAUUGUAAUAUUGGGACUAUAUAUCAAGAAAACGGCAAUUAUAAUGUUGCACUUGAAUAUUACAAAAAAGCAUUAGAAAUCGCUUCUAAAUCAGAGUCACAAUAUCAUAGUGAAUCAUCAUCAAUUUUUAAUAACAUUGGAAUGGCUUAUAGUAGUUUUGGAAAUUAUUCGAAAGCAAAAACUAUAAAAAAUGGUUGAAAUUAGGUAGUAAAAGCUCGAUUUACUAUUAAACCGUUCACAAUUAUCUGUAAUCUGUAGUAAUAUAGGAACAAUUUACACUGAUACUGGGAAUCAUACACAAGCAUUAGAAAAUUAUGAACCAGCAUUACAGAUUCAACAAAAUUCCUUACCACCAGAACAUCCUGGAAUUUCCAUAACAUUAGGUAAUAUUGCCGGAGCUAACUUAGCUAAAGGUAAUUAUAAAGUAGCAUUAGAAAAAUGUGAACAAGCGCUUAAAAUAGCACUCAACUCAACAUCAAAAAUUUUUCCAAUAAUUGCACAAACCUAUUGUAAUAUGGGAUUAAUUUAUAGAGCUAAAGGUGAAUACACACAAUCGCUACAAUAUUUAAAACAAACACUUCAAAUUCAAAAGAAAUUUUUAACAGUAAAUCAUUCAGAUAUGGCUACAACAUAUCAGCAUAUUGGUAUACUCUACGAUGAUAUGAGUAAUUUUAAACUUGCAUUAAAAAAUCAUCAACAUGCACUUGAUAUUCAACUUCGACCAUUAUCAUUCAAUCAUCCAGAUAUGCCUAUAUCAUAUGCCAAUAUUGGAAUAUUAUUAAAAGAAAAUGAUCCGAAUGAAGCUUUGAAAUAUCUUAAAAAAACACUUUGA